CUGUAAUCUAUACUUCUAUGACAAUAUGAAAUUUAACCUUUACUAUUUUUAUUUUGUGGAUUAUUUAAAAAUAUUAGUGCAGUAAUAUAUGUCAUUAAGUGAAAUAAUUUAUUCUUAUUAUGGCAUCAUCAAGCAAACUGCCUGGCACAGGUUUAGAAGAUGUCGGAGUACCUGGUCAGGCUUAUCUACGCGAUGCUCUCACUAGCUGUACGGAUCCAUUGAAAGCCAUUGAAGAAUUUCAACUUGAAAACGGUAUUUUACUGCCAUCACUAAGACCAAUGCUACCACUUCUAGACCUUCAUGGCGUGAGACGUCUUGACUUUCAUACAUCUGUGCUAGAAGAACUGAGAGAGAAACUCAUAGCUCACAUUAACGAACUUGGUUCGAAAGAUAGCAAAGAAAAUGACAAGAAACUCAAGGAACUGUUAUCAAAGAGCUUUCCAGUCGUCAGAGUUAAAGCACUUAGACCAGUUAUCAUGGGUAUUUUAAAAAAUACUCCACACAUUGAUGAUAAAUAUUUAAGAGUAUUGGUGCGUGACCGAGAACUGUAUAAUGACACAGAUACUGAAGUAAAGAGACAGAUAUGGCAAGAUAAUCAAUCACUAUUUGGUGACGAAGUGUCCCCACUUCUCAGUCAAUAUAUUAGAGAAAAAGAGAAUGUACUAUUUGAUCAUGAGAAUCUCACAAAUCUGUUCUUCUCACCAUCACCCAAAGUUAGACGACAAGGUGCUGUAGUACAAAAACUGGCACAUAUGAUUGGCAAUAGUGUCAAAUUGUAUGACAUGGUUUUACAGUUUCUACGAACUUUGUUUUUGAGAACUAGGAAUGUACACUACUGCACAUUAAGAGCUGAACUGUUAAUGGCAUUGCAUGACUUAGAAAUACAAGAUAUCAUAUCUGUUGAUCCUUGUCACAAGUUUACAUGGUGUUUAGAUGCUUGUAUCAGAGAAAGAAAUGUUGACAUCAAAAGAUCUCGAGAGCUUCAAGGAUUUCUUGACAGCAUAAAAAGAGGACAAGAACAAGUAUUAGGAGACCUUUCAAUGACACUGUGUGAUCCAUAUGCAAUUAACUUCUUGGCAACAUCUGCUAUCAAAAUACUACAACAUUUAAUAAACACUGAAGGGCUCCCAAGAGAUAAUACAAUUCUAAUUCUUUUAUUGAGAAUGUUAGCCUUAGGAUUGAGUGCAUGGGUAAUGAUUGAUUCACAAGAAUUUAAAGAACCUAAACUUGAUAGUCAAGUUGUCACAAAAUACUUGCCUGCACUUAUGUCACUUAUGGUUGACGAUCAAGUCAGAGCAUUGCAUAACAAACUGCCCCCGGAUGAAAGAGAGUCUGCUAUUACUACUAUUGAGCACUCAGGGCCCCCACCUGAUGCCUGUGAAGCAUAUAUGCGAGAGAGCUCUGUUUGUGGAGUCUUAGCUAUGUAUUAUACUUUGCAUGCCGCAAAACUAAGAGAUAGAGGGGCGCUCCUUCGAAUAUUAAGUAUCCUAGGUAGUUGUAAAGAUGGACGGGCUUAUGAAGAUCCAUUCUUACAUGCACUUGUUGCUUUACUUAUACAGUUGCCAGAUGAAUUUCAAGGUGAAGACUUCAGUACAGUAUUAUUUGAUGAAUUCUUUUUUGCUGGUUUGUCUAAAGAUAAUGUCACAAGACAUUUAUUAAAAUUAUUAUGGUAUAUACAUCCAAAGCUACCAGAAACUAGACUUCAAACACUAAUGAAGGCAUUACAACCAGGUACUCAACAUAAUGAAUCUGUGCAUAAGCUAUAUGAAGCUUUGCAUCAAAAGAUGAAUGCUCAAUCAGAACCAGCUGCUAGCACUAGUGAAAUGGAAUAUUUAGAUUCACCCCUUAUGAGUGUGCCAACACCAGCACCUUACCAUAUGUAGUGGCUAUGUAUUUUAUUAAGUAUUAAAUUAAUAUUACUAAAGAACUUAACUUUAACUUCAGAAACAGCAUGUUUAUUAUCUCAUUCCUUAUUAUACUACCUCUGAAAAACUCUGGUAACUUGUAAUAUCAAUUAUUGUUUUAAAUUAGGAAAGACAAACUUCAAAUAAGAAUCACUGUAAAUAUUUAUUAGUACUGACUUACAUAUAUAAUAUUUUUAAAAUUAAGUACAAUAAUUUUUGAUAUUAUAUAAAUUUAAUGUUAUUGUAAUUUAUAAAUUUCUAUGGACGGAUAUAAUACUGAGCACAUUUUAUGGCAGUUAAAAGAAUAAAAUUAAUUGCACGCACAUUUA